AUGUCGACUCGGAGAUUCGUGGAGACCCCGAUGUCGUUCGAUGAGAACGCAACUUACACCCCAACUCAACAAUACACAACGGUGUCAGGGGCACUUCCCAAUGCGAAUCCCAGCGCACGGUACGCGUUCACUGCUACUCCGCCUCUAAACAACAGUGAGACUGUCAUCGUCGACAAUAACAGAUUCAGUCAAGCGUCGCAUCAGUUUUCGGAAGGAGACUAUAUCCCUCCAGGAUUCUUCCAACGCGCAAAUCUAGACGGGUUUACCCGUCGAUUUAAUUCUUGCCAAUGGACUUACGAGAUGAGGCGGGAGGCCCAGCUGAUUCUCCCGUUUCUGGCACUUGGCCCACAGCUUGCUCUACGCGACACGCAGAAGCUCCAGGAGCGAGGCUUCACUUUGCUUCUUGCUAUUCGUAAUACCCACUCUGCCCAGGCGCGUCUGGUGUCUGGCGAAAAGGCGGCCACAGAGCUGGGUAUCAUGGCCGAUACAAUCGAUGUCCUGGAUGGGCAGGAAUUGAUUUCUUCCUUUCCCCGCGCAAUCAGACGAAUAAAUGAUCAUCUUGCGGGUGGGAACGGCUCUGUACCAGCGAGGAGGAAAGUGCUUAUUUUCUGCGAGUCGGGUAAUGACCGUUCCGCUGUCGUGACUGUGGCUUAUAUCAUGGUCAUGCUGAAUAAGACUGCUCAAGAGGCAACUCGGCUUAUCCAAGAGAAUAGAUACUGUGCUUCAUUUGACGAGCCUAUGAGGACUAUCCUACGGUCGUUUGAGGAUAUUCUUGGCGCAAAGCGUGUCGUGGAGUCGGUGACGCGUUCUGCUAGCCGCUCUGGGGCCCUGAGACUCGAACCUCCAUCUGCUGCGCAGGCUAUUCAUAGAAAGCGCAGUUUCGCAGAUCGCCUUAUUGAAGAGAAUGUUGCGGAUCAUGGGGAUAUGGACCUUGAUGAUGAAGAUGAUUUAGCAGAGCGGAGGCCUCUUGCACCCUUUGAAGACCGUCUCCCUGUAUAA